AAUGUCAAGUGAGUGAAGCAGGAAAGGAAAACAAAAACGCAAAUAGAUACAGAAGCUAAUUCAAUAAAAUUUCAACCAAAAUAUAUAUUUGCAUACGCUGACGAUGUGUAUAAAGUUAUAGCACUGUAUUCACUGUAAUUAUAAAAGCGGCGUUUAAGGAAAAUUAUGGAUUUUCUGUUUGCACCUCUACCCGAAACAAAUUUUCAAAUGAAUACAGAGGAAUUACGUUUGUGGCAACGAAAUGCCAUAUUCGAAUGUGAAUGUGAUAAUUUCAUUAAUAGGCGCAUAGAAACUGGACGAACACACUUGCUGACACUGCCGAAUCGCCCACAUUUUGAGUUACCUGGCAUUGAUGCAGCGAUAAGGCAGCAUGGAUUGAGGCUACCGGAUUCAAUGGCGAAUAGUGAGCACAGACCCAUCACCAGCGCCAGCAGUAGCCAGCGAAUUAGGAAUGUUGAAGAUGACAGUCGUAGAGAUAGUAAUGCAGAUAGUUCACCUUCACUCCCCCAAAGACGAAGAUUGGCGACUAGAAAUGUGGAAGACGAUCGCGACAAUAUGCUUGACAGAAUUUACCAAGAGGCUUUGUUGACAGCUUUUAGAACGAGAGGAUUAAGUGCAAUACGAAAUCCUUAAUGCUAAUGCUAAAUAUUAGCUACUUCAAUGGAUAUUAUUAAUCUUUAAUAUUUAUGUAAUUUGAAAUAAGGUAUUUCAAUUGAAACGUAAUUCCUUGCAUUAUAUCUAUGUAGCUCGAAAUUUGUAAUUAGAAUUGUACGGUAGUUUUUAAUAAAAUUAGUUUCGAAAAAA